AUGGAAGGAGUAGAGCUGGCAUUACCAGGUCAAAUCAACUUAAAUAUUCCAAGAUGGGAUCAGUCCACCUUCUGGGGAAGAUUCAGACAUUUUCUUGCCAUAACAGACUGGAGGAAAGCUAUUCACACUAAUGCAGAACUUGAUGAGGCAAAAGAAGUUGUUGAAGCUUAUGAGUAAGUUUCAAAAGUAUGCAUACUAACCGACGGUGGGGAAAAUCAAAUUUGCUGGAUUACAGCUGUAGUUAAGCAUGCAUGUUGUUCUCUGUAGGUCCAGUUCAAGCUCCCCCACAUUGAAUUGUUUCCUUAGGCAAGAAACUUUGAGGGACUACUGCAUAGGCCAGUAGUAGUGUGAUCCCCACAGCCUCUAGGUGUGGUGUUAGCCUCGGGGCUAGUGACCCUGUCCUGUAAAAAGCCUCCUUUAACCACCCUUUAGAGGCCUUAUUGAAGGCUACUAACUGCUGCUGAUAAGAUUUUUUUUCACUGACCAUGAAUUCAUUCCUGAUUUCUGGUCAGACAGGGUAAAGUAUCCAAUUUAUCCAUUGAUGAUCUGUGGCAUGCAAAGCAUCUAGUGGACUCUGCAUUCCACCCAGACACUGGUGAGCGGAUGAAUUUCUUGGGCCGCAUGUCUUUCCAGGUCCCAGGAGGGAUGGCAAUAACAGGAGCAAUGCUUCAGUGGUACAGGUCUGUAUUAAAGCCAUUUUGGAGGUCUGCUGAAACUCAACAUCAAUAAUUAACUUGUUUUUCUGUGUAAAAUCUGUUGCCAUUUCAAAUGUCACAACUUUGAAAUUAAUCACUUCAUCAUUUUUUUAGGAGGAGAAGUCAGUUGAAUGUCAUGCACUAAUAGGCAAAAGACGUUUUGAAACUCACGCCCUUUACAUUACCAACAACAAAGGAAAAUAUUAUUUGCAACGUAAACCUCAACUUUAUGUAAUUACCAUGAACAUAAUUUACGGUCGACUGAGAUGGACAUGCGUUCAUCUGAAUUAACUGUUUAGUUGCAUACUUAACAAUAAACCACCACUUUUUAACAGGACUGUUCCUGCAGUAGUAUUUUGGCAGUGGAUAAAUCAAUCAUUCAAUGCAUUAGUCAACUACACCAACAGAAAUGCUAAAUCAACAAUAACUGGAAAGUAAGUGUCAAGCAAUUACUUAAAAUUCUAGUGCUCACAGUAACGGUCAGCUGACAGGUUAACUCAACGCUGCGCUCUAAGGAAAAUUGAAGGGAGCCCAGUGCCCUAAACCUGUAAAACAUGUAUGAAAAAAGUAAGAUUUUCUAGUUGUCCAAGAGCAAAAGUUUGAUGCCAGGGGCCACUGGGCACUGCUAGAGCACAGCCCAAGGUUAAUUGGAACAGCAGUGCCCAAGGGUUAACGGCUUGGAGUUAUGAGUUGAUGGUGGAUUCAGUUUUUAAGUGCAACAACCAAGACUUCUUAAAUGUGUAUUUUUUUGUGAUGCAUUCGCCCUUUUUUGAUAUUUUACAAAGUACAUAUGAAGUAAAUGUGAAAUCUGGCAUUUUCCCCCCAAGAUAUGCACUGAAAGUAAUGGUCUAAAAUUUACUUUUCUCCAGACAAAUUGGCAUUGCUUAUGUAUCAGCAACCACCAGUGCUGUGGCUGUUUCAGUUGGUCUUAACAGUCUCGUGAAGGUAACUACAGUACAGUGUAUAGUAAAAACACUCAUAUUUUAUUAUUCCUUGCAAACCUAGGCGGAACUGUACUGCCAACUCAGUCUCUUAGUAAUGACCCUCCUGUCUUGCAUCUCGUGGCUUCCCUGCAAGCCAUACACACGCAUUCUGUAACAUCCCACUAACGUUAACCCUUUAAGCCCCAAUAUCCACAUACAAAUCCUCCACACUGAUAUUUAAAUAUUUCGUUAGAGAUGAGUUGAGAGAGUUUGAAAAAAGUUCAGAGCAUUUUCUUGUCAGGGAUCAUUUGAUUAAUAUUCUCGUAACCAAUAAAGAGGAGAAGUCGUUAUGUCACGUUGUCAUGGUGGCAACAUUUUUGUAUGACAACAAACCAAAAUUCUCUUUAAAAGUAAAUUUGCACUGUUUCAAAGUUCAUCAAACUUAUUCAGUUUCAUUUGAUUUGUCAAAUGUUGGUGAAAUUUUCUGGAUUUAAUCCGAAAGGAUGGUAUCUUAGUUUAGAAAAAGAAAAAGAAACUUUUUGUGCUGUGUUCACCCACUCCAUAAAGCGGGUGCGUUAGGAAGUUUCUUGUCGCAGUUGUGCAGAGACAGCUAAGAUAUGUACAAAAAAAGCGUGAUGCACGUGCAAAGUUGUUUUGCUAUCAAGGUUUUUUUGCCGUUCUCGUUACUGUUGCCAUCGUCGUUGCUUAAUCUCGGCCCUAUUGUUGUCAUCCAGAAAUUUGACCACCAUGCUAACUUGACGUAACACUUCUCCUCUCUAUUCUCUUCACAACGUAUGCAUAUUGUUAGGAGAAAAUUGAUGUUGGUCACCAUUGGGACUUAAAGGGUUAAAUAAGAGACUGCUUGCAGUCUGCAUGAGACCAAGUUGAGGUGAUAUCCUAAUGCUGACAUUUUUAUUAUUACUUACUUCCCCUACAAGACCUAAUAGGCUAGUAAGUAUCGAUUUGAUCCAUGUGCUCUUCAUGGAUAUGAUUUUGUUGGACAUGGCAAUUUUAAUGGAAUAUAAUUACUUGUCUGUUGACCAAUAACUGUUAUUUGCAGCCUUGCUACACUCUAGCUUGCAUUAUUUAAGCAGUCAUUUCUAGAAACCUUUUAGCCAUUUGCUCCUUACUUUCUCCCCCUGUUCUUGCAUGUCUCUUACUCUUCUCUUUGCCCAGCUAAAAGAAGGACCCAGCUACAGAAGGACCUGUAAUGCUCACACUCUCCCAAAACAAGUCCAGUGAACUUGUUGUUCAGCUUACAAACUCAUUUUGUUGUAUUUACUUUAUAUUGCAUUUAUUUUAGACUGCCCCUCCUCUCCUUGCUCGGUGGGUGCCCUUCAUUGCUGUCGCUGCGGCCAACUGUGUAAAUAUUCCUCUUACAAGGCAAAGGUGAGCCAACAGUGAGUGAAAAGAUUUUACAGUCAUUAUAUCUAAAAGCCAUUAUGAGGGUUGUCAUAAAAUUUUAGAGCAGCCGCAGCAAAUAAAGAUUCACCCAUAACAUCUCCCAAAAAGUUUAUAGUGUCACCUUUAUCUUCCCUCUUUGAUCACCCGUAAAAUCAAGUGAGCUCAGCUGUAACAGGUUCAUGUGUUACUUUUCAAAUGGAUUGAGUAUCGUUAUGGCUUCAAUUUUUUCUUGUCUUUAUCAGGGCUUUCAUUGAGGGCUGGGGAAUUCUUGCGGGAGUUGACCCCAGCUGCUUUCGUAGAAAAAUAGAAAAAAAGAAACCCAGUCAUUCAAAAUCUAAUCUAUGUUUUUGAGCACUGAAGUAUAAUAUUUUCCUUUUACUUCCUUUAGAGAACUUAUAGAUGGUAUAGUUUUGUUUGAUGAGAACAAAAAUCCCGUGGGGAAAUCAAAGAAAGCAGCAGUAAAAGGAAUAACUCAAGUUGUUAUCUCCAGAAUCACAAUGGCAGCUCCAGGAAUGAGUAAGUUGAUCAACUUGUACUGUGAGUUUGUUACACGGGGAAGGUAAUUGCUAUUUAUGGGCUUUAUUGGUAUAUGCUGCUGUUAAGGGUAUGGUUUCCAAGCAGUUUAGUCUGGGAUUGGAUAUAGAAAUCAUAAAGUUUGGGUCUAGAAUAGGGUAUAAUUUUCCAGGGAACUGGUCAAUUGGUUGAAGAUUUUAGUUUCAGUUAGGGAAACUGGGAAUUGACACUUGAAAACAUAAAAUUAAAAAUUUAAAUUUCCUCAUAACUUCGUUUAAUAGCAAAGAAAGUGUUGCUAGAUGGAAAAUAGUGACUCUACAGCUGUAGCAUAGGGAGGGGUUUUGGUAGUUAAGUCUAGUAUAGGGUGGCAAAAUUCAGCUGAACUAAGUCUAGAAUAGACUAAGGGUUCCAGGGUCUCAGCAGCACAUCCCCAACCAAAAAUUCCCCCUGGGGUUUGUUACCACUGCAUCCAGCAUCCCUGAUGCAUAAAAUUCACUUCACACAUCCUGUAGAUCUCCGGGCGUUCAGUGACCUUCAAGUGAGGGCCUAAUGGGGAAGGGUACAUAUGCCAACUCUCUUGGAUUGUCUGGGAGUCUUUCGGAUACAGCACUGUUAUCUCACUCUCCCUUACAGGUCACCAAAUCUCCUGGAUAAAAUGGAGUUUUGAGCUUUUCUAUGCUUAAGUUUGAAAUUUAGCCCAUUUUUUUCUACUCAAAAUUUAAUUUUUUGUAUUCGUUGUACGGUCCCAGGGACCUUUUUGCAUUUCUCAUUUAGUCACUGAUAAAGAUUAUUUUCUCUUUACAAUUUGAUAGAAUGUAUUUCAUGUAAGACUUCAUAUAAUGUCCUAAGCCAUUCCCACAUUUUAAUUUGGUGGCGGGGUUGGGGAGGGGAUUGCUGGGGGAUGACAUUUGGGUACAAUAAAAAGAGCCUCCAGAUUUAAGAUCUCCCAAGGCUGGCACCUCUGGAAGUGGGGGGGUGGAGGGGGCGGGGGAUGUUCCUAAAUUUUUUANGGAAUUGACACUUGAAAACAUAAAAUUAAAAAUUUAAAUUUCCUCAUAACUUCGUUUAAUAGCAAAGAAAGUGUUGCUAGAUGGAAAAUAGUGACUCUACAGCUGUAGCAUAGGGAGGGGUUUUGGUAGUUAAGUCUAGUAUAGGGUGGCAAAAUUCAGCUGAACUAAGUCUAGAAUAGACUAAGGGUUCCAGGGUCUCAGCAGCACAUCCCCAACCAAAAAUUCCCCCUGGGGUUUGUUACCACUGCAUCCAGCAUCCCUGAUGCAUAAAAUUCACUUCACACAUCCUGUAGAUCUCCGGGCGUUCAGUGACCUUCAAGUGAGGGCCUAAUGGGGAAGGGUACAUAUGCCAACUCUCUUGGAUUGUCUGGGAGUCUUUCGGAUACAGCACUGUUAUCUCACUCUCCCUUACAGGUCACCAAAUCUCCUGGAUAAAAUGGAGUUUUGAGCUUUUC